ACAACGUGCACAUGCAACUUCGAUAAAAUGUAUGGCGCUAGUGAUACACUCUUAUAUUUUCAAUAUGACCUUUUUAACAUAGUGGUCAUUACUAUCUGAUGUUGUAAUAAACUAUCUACAUUCAAAUAAAAAAGCAAGAGUGAUGAAUCCACUCUCCAACUUUCUGUACAUUAAAUUGUAAGGUGACUGUUCUGGUUUGGUAAUGAUGAAUGUAGGGUCGAAAUACCACACAGGUCCUGUCACCUCCCUGUGCGUCGUCAAAGGAAACAUAAUAGCAGGUAUUGGCAAUAGUCUUUACUUGUAUGACUUGGAAGAGAGACAAUGCAUAUUGAAACAGGCAGGUGUGAUACACAGUGGAAACAUUCAUGGAAUCCGGAAAUCUUUAUCCAAUGAUGUGCUGCUAUGUGUGUUUGGAGGUAAAGUUUUACGAGUGGUAGGGGCUGGAAAGAGCCCUGGGGUGAGGACUUUGGACCCCCUCGGAGAGGAAUACAUGGCUGACGAUUGGAUCUGGGAUGUUUGUUGGCUACAACAGCAAGGACAGCAGGACCAGCUGGCAGUGGCUACUGCUCACAAUGUGGUCCUCAGACUGGACAGUACACUGACGAAGCUGUCACAGGUCGCCUGUGUUGAGAACUGCAUUCUUUACUGCGCCAAAUUUCUAGGUACCUGCUGGGAACACCUUAUCCUAGCUGCGGGGACAGUCUUCAAUCAGGUGCUAAUGUGGGCUCCUAAUGGUCAGACAAAUACCACUGGGCAGUCACUGGUCAUCCACAAGCUAAUUGGUCAUCAGGGUGUGAUUUUCUCUAUUGAGUUCAGUUCGGCAAGGCGUCAAAUCUGUACUGUCUCUGAUGAUCGGAGUGUGCGUGUCUGGCAGCUACAGUUCCCAGAGGAAACAGAGGACAGUGAUCGAGUUAUCUCCCUUGAUUGGUGGCAGCAGUGUCAAAGUACAGAACUAUUUGUCCUGUACGGACAUUCCGCCAGGGUUUGGGACGUGAAAAUCCUAACCUCUAGUAUUGUCAGUGUGGGAGAGGAUUCUACAUGCUGUGUGUGGGACAACCAAGGGAAGAUAACUCAGAGGUUCAAAGGUCACAAGGGGAAGAGUAUAUGGAGCUUGGCUGUAGAAGAUACAGGAAAAUUUGCAGUAACUGGAGGGGGAGAUAGUAGCAUCAGGCUGUGGUAUAUGGAUGAAUCAAAGAUGACAGACCAGUUGGUUUCUCAUGUGUUGGUCCCCCCAAGGCAACAGGAGAGUGACACAGAUUUCCCUCGUAUUGUUGCCAUGAUUUCUUGGGAUGGUGUGAUAACCAUGACGAAUGAGGGGCGACUGAUGUUACACAGCCAGAGCACGAGGAUGUGGACUACCCUGAUGUCUGAUGUGACCUUCACCUCCUAUUCUGUCUUGUCCCUGAGCCCUCAUCACACCCACCUUGUUGCCCUUGGCAACAUCAGUGGAACCCUCCGCUUAUUGUUCACCAAGCAGUCUGAUACAACCUGCAAUGUGAUGGAUUUGGAGUGGUGUCAGAAAGAUUUCGAUGUGCACCGAGGAAAAGUGUAUAGCAUCAACUGGAUCUCAGCCUCCAGCCUACUGACCAGUGGUCCAGAUGGUGAAAUGAUAUACUGGGAGCUGGGGCUCUCAUCAAACCAGGUAACCCUACAAAAAUUGUGUAGCCUAGAGUUACCUCCCUGUAAACACCGGUGGGUGUCGGCUGCCACCAUGACCUCUGACCUGCUGGUGUGUGGAGACCGUGGAGGUAGUGUACAUGUUUACUGUAUGAGGACAUCACCCUCCCCACAAUCACAGUCAUCUGUCCAAACGUUUUACCGGAUUCAUGGUAAAACUUGUGUGACUCAUAUCUGUUACCAUGACAACUACAUCUACUCAGCAGGGAGAGAUGGGACAUAUAAUCAAUAUGAGGUCAUUGAGGACAAACUAGUUCUCCUCCACAGUAACAAGAUACACAAGGGAUUUGAUUGGUUGGACAGAUUGGACUUUACCUGCAAAGACAGAGACCUUCUUGUAUAUGGUUUCCAUUCGAAUAAUUUUGUAUUAUGGAGUAACCAGAACAACCAGAGGCUGGUACAAAUACCAUGUGGGGGUGGACACAGAGCCUGGGACAGCCGUAUCCAUGGCAACUCCAUCAGAUUUGUGUACAUCAGGACAGGAGAGGUAGUUUUGUGUGAGACAGAACUCUCUACAAAUCAAGUGCUACUCAAGGAGAGUCUGCAUGGCAGAGAAGUAACAGACAUUCUUCAUUUAAAGUCUUAUGAUCAGGGUGGCAGCCCUGUUCACAUCAUUGGUACAUGUAGUGAGGACACUCAAGUCAAUCUCCUGUCACUAACAGACAAUCAAUAUGGUGUGACGGAGCUAAAACAGUUGACCACACUACAAGGUCACAUCUCCAGCAUUCGCACUCUAGCUAUGUGUGGAUCAGGGUUACCUUGGAAACAACCUCAUUCUGAAAGGAUUCUGUUGUUUUCUGGAGGAGGUAGAGCACAGCUCCUUGUAUGGAGGGUGACCAUUCCUAAACCAUCUGGUCUCCACGGUAACACAGAUUUGAUGGUGGACGGUGUUUCACACGAGACUCUAUAUAAUUACAUGAUUGAUCACUGGAACAACAGGAACAGGAAGCCAUGGAAAGGUCACAACCUCAAACCGAACCCCGAGACUCGCUUUAUGGACCUGGCAGUUGUGAGGGUAAAGGAUGUAUGGUCUUUAGCACCACCUGGUGUCCAUAUUUUAAUGGCUGCUUGUUCAGAUGGCUAUGUCAGGUUCUAUUGUUUUGAUGAGGAGGUGCAGACCCUGACCCUCCUAGAGGAGUCUGCAUUCCAUGACCACUGUGUACUUCAAGUACUGAGCAUGAUCCAUCACACACCAGAUAACAGCAGCCAUCUUGUGUGUCUCUCCGCAGCAACUGACGGCCGUGUUGCAUUUUGGGAUCUCAACCACCUUGUCUUAGAUUUCAUAGAGAAAAAUUAUCAUAAAAAAGUUAUCCGUGAUGAAAUGAAGUGUAAAUGUUGCAGUGAAGGUGUAGAAUCCAUCCGUCCUGCUUCAGCAGAUAAGAAAGACGAUUUAAAAGUGACAAGUGAAAGAGAAACGGAUUUACCUCUCCAAGAUCAUUGUCCAAACAUGAAGGAUCAUUGUGCAUGUCCUUGUCAUAAACAUCGUAAUUUACAGUCAGAGUGUAGUACGGGACAGGGCACUGUCCACCAUGAACAUCGUCAUGAUGCUGACGAUAACAUCAACCAACGUUGUCAGGGAGAUUCAUCUUACACAGGACAUUGUAAUAAGUUGAAAACAACGGCUGCCACAGCCACCAGAGAUAGUUUGGAUCCCGUAUUUGUGAUAUCAUCUCAUCAGUCAGGAGUAAACAGUCUACAUAUCUGCAAAUUAACAGACUGUCAGUAUAUGGUAGGGAGUGGUGGAGACGACAAUGCUCUGGGGCUGUCAAACAUCACCAUGGCAACCAACAAGGUCACCAGUCAUUUAGAGGUCACCACGAAUUGGAGUGUGUUAAAAGAAAAUGCUCAUUCAGCACAGAUUACAGGAUUACAUAUACUAGGAGAAAGACGGGCUGUAACAGCUUCCGUGGAUCAGAGGGUGUGUGUAUGGGACAUCUCCACAGAAACAGGAAAACUCCCGCAGAUACAACUGGUGUGGUGUAAAUUUGUACAGGUUUCUGACAUUUCCAGCAUGACUGUAUGGAUCUCAGACAGACUGAACAUACUUACAGCAGGAGUGGGGUUGGAAAUGCUGUCUGCUGCUAUGAAUGACGAGGUCGAAGAUUCUUCUCAAUAGAUGUCUCAACACACAUCGACAUCUCAGACAAAACUCAAUUAAAUCAAUAGCAAUUGGCAGGGUUCAUCAGCAUGGUUCCAUAAGCAUGGAUAAGUGAAGGAAUGUUGUCACUCAAAUUGCACAAAUAUUUUCUUUUACCUUAAUCAGUGAAUAAAUAAUAUAUAUAAUUAUGUAUGAGUUGCUUAUUUUUAUAUCCAUGGUGAGAAAAAUUACUACCAACAUAAAUGAACACCUUUACAAUAGCUUUUGAAAAGACCGUUUCUGGAGCUUCAAAGGAUGUCAAGAGUGCCUGUAUAAGCAUUGUAUCUUCGAAACAGGGGGCACAAGAUUACAUACAAUUCAAUUUACAUAAGAUCUUUCAUGUCCAAGGGUGUAUGAUGGGUAAUUCCCACCAGAGGAUUUUUCAAAUUGGGUAAAAUCUGAGGCUUGCCAAGAGUUUCGUCUUCAUUUUGAAAUCCCGAAAGUGGGAUUUACCCAUCUUAUACCUCGGGGCAUGACAAGAGUAACUUUCUUUCAUUCCACUUCUUACAUUAAGCUCAGAAACGACUUUUUGAUUAGGUACCAUCAACUUUUUCUCAGAGCUUUCCACAAGAACCCAUUUCGCCCAACUUCGUUUUGCAUAAAAAUAUUAAUCCCAUUUAGACUUGUUCAGUAAAUAACCACAUCUGAAUUUUCCUGAUAUUAUGACAAUAUAUCAUUAUUGUCCCUUCACGACAUCAUACACAUAAAAUGGAUUGAAAAAAAAAGUUCUAGGUACCUACCUGGAGAGUUUUAUCUUACAUAAACAGGAAAAAGAGAAAUAUACAUAGGUCAUACAAUACCAUAAAUUGUCGACACAGAAGCAAUAACCUGGAUUUAAGUAAUGUUUUCACUCGCUUUUUUUUCACAAAUUAAAUUCCCCCCCAAAAAAAACGUGUAUCUGAAAAAUUUGGUUUCGGAAACCUUAAAUUAUAUUCUUUGAUGAGGGAAAGCCACCUUUUAGUAAGAUGAGCUAAAAAUGCAAUUUUGCAUGUUUGUUGUAUGAUGAAAGAACAUGUAUAUAUUUUACUUUCAAUGUAAUAAAAAGAA